ACUUAACUAAUAUGUGUUAUUUUUUUUUGGAUAAAUUAUAUUCUAAUUGUUGAAUUUUAAGGUAAUUAAUGGAAUUAGUUUUCACUGUUACUCUGAUCUUACAUCCUAGCAGUGAGUAUUUACAAGGAAGUUUCCUUGUGGUUCAGGACACAUGUGGAUCCGAAUAGGAAUAGCUUGAUCCUCUAACCUUCACUUUUCCUACUCAUCAUUCUUUGUCUCUUCUUUCUUAAACCAACACUUCUCCUUUAUAAUCUCUUCUCUCCCAAUUCCAUUUUCGCUUGAUUACCCUUUUCUCGAGAUUGAUCGCUCACACGCAGCUACCAGAUCUGCAGAAGAGAAACGAUGUCGGAUUGGGGACCAGUGUUCAUUGCAGUAAUUCUGUUUAUACUCUUAACACCUGGUUUGCUGAUUCAGGUACCGGGUCGUCACCGAUUCAUCGAGUUCGGAAACUUUCAGACGAGUGGAGUUUCCAUACUGGUUCAUUCUAUCCUCUACUUUGCUCUCAUUUGCAUCUUCUUGUUAGCUGUUGGAGUCCACAUGUACAUUGGUUCAAUGGCCGACUGGGGGCCUGUAUUGAUAGGGGUGGUGCUGUUUGUGCUGCUAACGCCGGGACUUCUGUUUCAGAUUCCUGGAAACAGCCGGACUCUGGAGUUUGGAAGCAUGAAGACCAACGGCAAAGCUAUAGCUAUUCACACACUCAUCUUUUUCACUAUCUAUGCUAUUCUCAUCUUGGCCGUUCAUGUCCACAUCUAUACCGGAUGAUCAUCCCUAGCUGGUAAAAUUCCUGAUCGCUUCUGUACCGGAUUACCAAGAUCUGUCCCCGUGGUUUUUUUAAGAAAUAAAAUUUAAUUUUGGCUUAAAGGAGAUGGCCCAUCAUUGUAAGUUUUAUGAAGUGAAGCUCUGUUUGAUGUUGAGCCUGAAAAAAAAUUUUGUUUUAUUUUUGUGCC